UAUUAAAAAUAAUUUCGCCUGGCAACAUUAUGCAAAAAAGUAAAAAAAAAUAUAACCGUCGAUUCACUUUCUCUUUUCCCAUGUCGUCUCGAGGAGCAUGUCGCGCUAACCUUUUCGAAAUUAAAGUAAAAUAUAAUAUACUCGUGAAAAAUCGUGUGUGAGUUUGUGGAAGGCUGAUCGAUUGAAGAAGCACGUCGCCUGUUCCAUUUUUUGGUGUCUGAGCUGGUUAAGGUAACUCGGAUUCAAGGUAAGUCUGGACGAGCCGAGAUUCGAGGAGCCUGGCCAGCCACCGCCGACUGCUGCAUCGUCGCCUACAGCCGAACAAGGUGAGUGCUUCCCACAAUUGACCCAGCCUAUCUUAAAUUCCCUAAUUUAUUGUCGUGUCGUUCGUGUCGUUAAGCUAUAAAGUUAAUCGAAUACAGUCCACAUAUAUAAUUUAAAGAUAUCGAAGUAAAAUAAUCCCCUACAUUUUUUGUUCCCUCGACCGGAUAAUUGUAAAGUGACCGUGGUUAAUUUUCGAUUUAAAACCCUUUCAUUAUUAGUUAAAUUGUUCGUUGUGAAAUCAUAAAAACAUUGGAGGGUAAGAUUAGAAACACUUGGCUUGGGCGUUUUUCCAUUAGUUAAGAAGGUGCGUGUUCAUAUUGUGCAUAGACUAAAAUUUGUUUCGAGUUUCGAUUUAGUGAAUUUCUGAACGCAACCAUAACUGUCAUCGCUGUUGUGUCAAAGUGAAAAGUAAACAUAACCUCAAUUGAUUCCUUACAUAAAUUAAAUUUAUAUUAAAUAGUUUACUAGAGUAACAUGGCAACGGAAAGUUUUGAUAAAAACCGUGUAGGGCGGGAUUACGCCUUUGUGCGGAUGGAGUUUAUUCAUAGCAGUUGCGACUUAAAAGGUUAUUGUUUGAGUGACGUGAUCAGGCUGGAAGAGGAAUUUCACGCCUUUCAAGUUGAUUUAUUGACGGCGACUGCAGCUGGUGACCGUAAAAGCGAGCUGGAAAUAUCGGCGCAGUUCGAAAAAAUAGUAAAAUCUAUAAAAAUACGUUUAUCGGAAACAGGACCCACCGUGUUAAAGACCAAUGAAAAUACGACUUCAAGUGCUAAAUUGCCUAAAAUAACUAUAGUUCCCUUUGACUCUAAAAUUGAAAAUUGGGUAUCGUUUAUUCAGAUUUUCGACUCACUAGUUCAUAGGAAAAGUAUACCUGCAGUUGAAAAGCUUCACUAUUUGUUAUCAAGUGUGACCGGGUAUGCCUUCGAUUUGAUAAAAAAUUACCCAUUGUGUGACGAAAAUUACAUGAUCGCGUACAACACACUUAAGGAGCAUUUUGAUAAAAAAAGAAUAAUUGCUAGUCUGUUUUAUGAAAAAAUAUUAAACUGUGAGGUGGCAAGAUCUAAAAGUCCUUCUGAAUUAGUGAGAAUUUGUCGAACUUUUAAAGAAAAUAUUGAAAUUUUGUCAAAGUAUAAAUUACCCGACAGGAAUUUUAUGCUAUUCCAUUCAUUGUGGUCUAAAUUGGACGCUAGCACAAAAGAAGCUUUUGAGCUUCAACUUCAUUCAACCAUGGAGAUUCCUAGUUAUGAAGAAUUAAUGUCGUUUAUCGAAAAGCGGAGCCAAGCAUUAGAAAACAGUCUCGGUAAGUCGUUAACAGUUAGUAGUAAACCGGUGUCGAACAAGCCAGUGCUUAAUAAAGUUAAAUCUUCAUUUCUUGUUCCUCCAGUGAAUAAUGUGAGUGACUGUGUUAUGUGCUCCGCACCAGGGCACACAUUUGAGCAUUGUCCAAAAUUUUUGGAAUUGCGGCCAAUGGAUAGGUUCGCCCAAGUGAAGGAAAAGAAACUUUGUAUAAUGUGUUGCAGGCCAUCCCAUUCAGUUAAGAAUUGCAAGUCCUCGGUGUCUUGUGGCGUUUGUAAACAUAGACACCAUACAUUAUUGCACUUUGAUAAGGAGUUGGAACCGUCCACUCGGCAAACUCAAGUGACAUUGACUGUCCAUAAUGCAAAUGCACCAAGCCUGUUCUCGACGGCUAUUGUAAUGAUAAAAAAUAAAUAUAACCAUUUAGUACCAAUUCGUAUGCUAUUGGAUAAUGCUUCUGCAUGUAAUUUUAUUACAUUAGAGUGCGCUCGAAAACUAGGAAUACCAAUUAAAGUUAACUCACCAUCGGUGAAUGGUGUCGGUCUAGCGUCAACUGACACUUUUGGAAUUGUCGAUUGUGAGAUAGUCCCGGCAAAUGGGGACUCAUCUUGCACAUUUUCGUUUGAAGCGUAUGUGCUUCCUAAGAUCUGCCCUGAUAUGCCACUGGAGCCACUUAAUGUGUCGUCCUGGAUGCAUCUAAAGGAUUUAGAUCUCGCUGAUCCAUAUUUUCAUAAGUCUGGACCAAUAGACAUGUUGGUUAGUGUCAACCUUUUUGCUGCGGCAUUACAGUCUGGUGUUGUCAAGGGCAACCCAGAUGAGCCCAUAGCCGUCCGCACGGUGUUUGGCUGGUUGGUGAUGGGUGAGUGCCCUAGAGACAUUAACACUUCUCGUUCUCGUUGUUCUAAGGGGUCCGGAGGUGAUACGGAGAGGUGUUUUCUCGUGUCGAGUCUUUCAUUAGACAACAGCAUCAAACGCUUCUGGGAGUUGGAAGGCUUUGAUCUGCCUAAAAAUAUCGUUUUGUCGAAAUCGGAAUUGUCGUGUGAAAACCAAAUGGAAAAUUCAUAUUGUCGCAGUCCCGAGGGAAGGAUGGUAGUACCAUUAACUUAUGUCGACCCUCAGGACAAACCAAGGUUUUCAAAUUCUCGUGAGAUAGCUCUCAAGCGUCUCUUAAAUUUAGAGAGGAAAUUUAAAUUAAAUCCUCAAUUUCGGACAGCUUAUGUCAAUUUCAUGGACGACUACUUAAGUUGUGGUCACAUGGAAGAGGUUGGUCCUCCAGUGGCGUCUGAGGGUCAGUUCUAUUACAUACCCCACCAUGGAAUUUUGCGGCCAGACUCCGUCACUACGCCUCUGCGUUGCGUUUUUGACGCUAGCGCCCGAGACUCUUCGGGGCAGUCUUUGAAUAGUGCGCUGCUGCCAGGCCCAAAAUUGCAAAAUAAUAUAUUUGAUUUGCUGGUUCGUUUUCGAUGGCAUGCAGUAGUGUUUACCGGGGACAUCAAGCAGAUGUACCGGCAGUUUCUUGUCGCUUUACAGGACUGCGACUAUCAACGCAUUUUAUGGCGUCCAUCAUCUGAUGAGCCUGUGAAAGAUUAUCGUUUGCUCACAGUGACCUAUGGCGUGUCCUGUGCUCCCUAUCAGGCGCUUUGGUGUAUAUCCAAGCUAGCAAAGGAGUUUUCGUCUCGCUCUCCCCAAGGUGCUGCAGUAUUGGCUAGGGAUGCAUAUGUCGAUGACAUUGUCUCAGGUGCAGACUCUGUUGAGGAUGCGUUAGUGCUACGCCAACAGUUGGUGGAAAUAUUAUCGUCUGCGCAACUUCAUUUGCGCAAAUGGACAUCAAAUAACCCCGAGUUUCUAAAAGGUUUACCUGGUUCAGAACUAUAUUCGGAACAACUUCACAACUUUGAAAACGUUCAUGAUCUGUCGCUAAAAACUCACGGCGUCUAAUAUGUCUAUGAUCAAUGACAUAUUAAAUCGAUUUUCGUCCCUACAACGCAUAUUGCGCAUUCUUGCCUAUUGUUUUAGGUUCAUGCACAACUUACAAAUGUCAUCUUCGAGAUAUACAGAUUUGAAUCUGUCACCAGAAGAAAUUUCUAAGGUUCUUCUUUUUCUAGUAAAGCAUGUUCAGGAGCAAGCCUUUGCUUCGGAAUUGCGUUGUUUAUCGAAAGAUAAAGCCACUCACUCCCUAUCGAAACCCAUGCGGAAAUUGGCGCCGUUUCUGGACGACCGUGAAUUGCUAAGGGUGUGCGGUCGCCUUUCUAAAGGAGACCUGUCGUUCGAUGUGAAACAUCCACUACUAUUGCCUCGCGAUCAUAGGUUGACCACGCUGAUCAUAGAGGAUUAUCAUUACCGUUUUAUGCACCCUGGAUUGCAAACAUUGCAAAACUUAUUAGCCCAAGAAUUCUGGGUUCUAUCGGCAAAAAGGGCUAUAAACUCUGUUGUUUCAUCCUGCAUGAAAUGUUUUCGGGCUCGUCUUACUUUGGAACCGCUCACCAUAUUACCUGAAAGCAAUAUGGUUGAUGCAAAAUUAGGUCCACUUCAGAGAUGGAAAUUGCUCCAAAAGAUCCAUCAAGAUUUCUGGCGCAAGUGGCACGUCGAAUACCUGCACACCUUGCAGCAACGCCACAAGUGGUUCGAUGACCAGAAAAACAUCAUCGUCGGGACGCUCGUGCUCAUUGUCAAUGAGCAAUGUAGCCCCAUGAAGUGGAAGAUUGGCCGGGUGGUACAACUCCAUCCAGGGAGCGAUGGGAUCUGUCGAGUAGUCACGGUCCGCACAGAAUCGGGCGAACUUAAACGCCCAGUAGUUAAACUGUGUCCACUGCCUCUACAAAAUUAAAUUAUCUAAUAAUUCACUAUCGUAUCGUAUCAUUGUAAGCACUAACUUUAUCGUAGAUUUAGAUUAAAUUUCAUAUUUAAACGUAUGUAAACUUAAACUAGGGAAUUAACCCAAGCCAUAUUGUUCC